UUCCGUCAUUCCACACAAUGAAAAAAACAUUGCGUGCUGAGACUCCCACACACAGUAUUUUUUUUUCAUCUAAGCGGGAAAAUUUCGAUUAACAAAGUACCAUAAAAUUUUUUGAUUCGAUUCCACAACAUCCCUGUCAUAACUCAUUUUUUUAUUUAUUGAAAAUCUCUUCAACAAAAACAUUACUGUUUUAAUAAUUCAGAAAGAUAAACUCAAUAAAAAAUAUAAAUGGAAGUUGAUUUAAAGUACGUAUUCUCAAGCGAUCUCAUUCUGAGAUGUAGAUAUACAAACGGACAUCCAAUUCCAAUCGAGGUAGUUGACUUAGUUGAUAUUUUGGAAAAGUUAAAAUGUUGCCUUAAAACUCAAGGAUCAUUGAGAAGUCGAGCUGUUUCGGAUCCUGGUUUGAAAAGAAAGCCGUUUCACAUUUUAAAAAAUCAUAUUUUAUCUCCAAGUUGCGAAACUUUAGAAACAAGAAAACAAUCUCUUCCCCGAGUACACUUUGAACAAACCAACUCUGUAAUUUUGCAAAUGUCGCCAGCUAUGAAGUUAAGACGUCGAAAAACAUUAUAUCCUGUCACCAACGAAGAAAGUUCAGAAGAUUUGGAGACUGAAGACGAAAAUUUUCUAAAUUAUUCAAAAAAUUCAAGUAAUCGGAGUGAAGACGAUAAACGAUUAGACUUUGUUUACAUUAGUACUUUUGAUAGGUUUGACAAAGCGGAGAAUUUUUUACAAAGAGUCAAGAACACAAAAAAAACAUUCUCCGUUGAAAUAGAUGUUGGGAUUGAUAAUCAAAUUUCAAUAUCUUACCAGCAACUUUUCAACUUUGAUUGUGAAUAUAUGAUUUUAAAAUGCUUUAAAACGGACAGUUUUGUUUUAAUCAAACCGUUUUAGAGUUUCUUGAUUUUUAAAAAAUUAAUUCAUUUAAUUUAUAAAUGUUUAACAGGCUCUUACCCAGGUAUAUUUGAUGUUUAUUAUAGAUAACUUUUAGACAUAAUGUCUGAAAGCUGGGCACGGGCGUGUUUAAAGUUGUAUAAAUAUCAGAUUGUUAUAUAAUCUCUGUAUAAAGUUAGUGUAUAAAGAUAAUUUUAUUGUUA